UAUUCGAGUAAACCUCGCAUCUUGCAUCGAUGUUUGCUGCGGUAAUUAUCAUCGCAGAUGCGGCAACAACUAUGUUAUCUGCCGUCUUGGGUCAGACCAUGAUUCAUGCUUGGACGAUGCGUCUGUCCCGGAUCAACUUAUUAUUGCACAAUGGGAGAAAGUCUGCGCUCGGCUUUCCAGCGUUGACCCUAGACAACUUGCGCUAUUCGUAAUAUGCGAUAGUGCAAAUCUUCAAACCGCUGUCAAGGUUGUUGAGCCGAUGUUGGCAUUGCCUCCUCUGCGAGAAUUUGCACUACGCUUGGCGAGAGAUUAUGACAGAGACAUACAACUCUUGGCGAAAGAUACUGUCUCCCGCCUUACUGCGCCGCCGCCGCCGCCGCAAAAAAUUCCACCGUUUCGAUUCCUACACCUGCCCAAGGAGAUUCAGCUCAAGAUUCUCAAGUAUACUAGACUUACCUAUGGGUUUGAGGUCACCUGCACACAGAAGCAUAUGCGCUACGGCGGAUUAUGUUCAGUUAGGGGGUUGCCUACUAGAGCUACACCAGAAGACGAGCGUAUUGUAAAAUGCUUUUGUUGCAGAGGUCACUCUGCGUUCAAUAUGCGCUGCGAUCACUGCGAAACUAUCGGCUUCCCUCACGCACUAUUCCUUGUCAAUCGACAAUUCCGGGAUGCUGCUAUAGAGAUUCUCUAUAGUUGUCACUCUUUUAUAGUCGAAAUGGUAGGAUGCGUGCCUGAGCCUACUGAAACAACUGCUGGCGACUUCUCGAUUGUGCCAGGCCUCGCUGUAUUUCCAAGAUAUGCCAUCCGGCUUUUUACGUCUCUGGUCCUCAGCUUCGAACCAUCCAAUCUUGACCUUCUCCAGUCAGGUCGAACAGAAUGGAAGUAUUGGAUUGAAACAAUUGACCUAUUAUCGGAAGAAGCCAAUCUGGCAGUCCUUCAUCUCGAAGUUCGAACCAACGAAGAUUUCUAUCGUUCGAUCUGGGACUUUCAAAUGGAGGAAAAGCCUGGGUACGAGGAUCACAUGUGGGAGACAUAUCAGACGUUGAUACGGCCUAUGGCUUCUCUCAGAGGACUCAAAAGCUUCUUCAUGCAUAUUAACUGGGGCUCUAGUUGUGGCAUACCAGGUCAGAAAUCAUGGGAUGGGAGGGACGAGAUAGAGAGUAAACUCGAGAGAAUGGUCAUGGGGCAGGAGUAUGACUCUUGGGAACACGGAAAGGAAGUGAGAAUGGAUUGCUCAUACUAUUAGUUGCAUGCU